UAAUAAAUUAUAGUCGCGUUGUUGUUGCCUUGGGGGCUCGGAGCAUCUCUCUUUAUCUGCCGUCUAGAUACGACUGGAAAAACAGUUUUUUCCCGAAUCAUUGUAAAGUUGUGGUCAAAGUUCAACAUGUACACUACAGAAGCAGUGAUCGAGUUUUUGGGUUGUGUGCCGUUGCUUCAGAGGCUCCCGAGCUUGUCUCUCCGGAAAAUCGCACAAGUUGUUACUGUUAAACACUACGAACCACACGAGUAUGUUGUUCGUGAAGGAGAGGCUGGGAAUGGAAUCUACUUCAUAUGGGAAGGCGAGGCGGAGGUGUCUGGCUAUGUCCAAGCAGAUGAGCAUAAUAGGCCAGAGUUCCAACUUAAACGUUAUGACUACUUUGGCAAUGGUGUGGCAGUAUCUGCACAGCAAGCAGAUGUCAUUGCACUUACUAAGUUGACCUGCUUAGUAUUGCCCCAAGAGCAUUGCAGUUUGUUGCAGUCAAAGUCGAUCUGGAGUGCAGACAAAACACUAGAAUCAUGUUCACUUGUAGAGAGCAUAUUGCAUCUUGAGCCUAUAGAAGUCAACAUUUUUAAAGGGAUCACGUUGCCUGAUGCUCCACGUUUUGGGAAAGUGUUUGGUGGACAGUUCAUUGGACAGGCACUGGCUGCAGCAUCAAAAACUAUUGAUUCACUCAAGAUUGUUCAUAGCUUACAUGUUUACUUUCUUCUUGUUGGGGAUCUUGAAAUUCCAAUUAUAUAUCAUGUUCAUCGCGUACGCGAUGGCAAUAGUUUUGCUACACGAAGGAUAGAUGCAAUACAAAAGGGAAAUGUUGUGUUCACAAUGAUUGCUUCAUUUCAGAAAGAAGAAGUAGGGUUUGAUCACCAGUUACCCUCUAUGCCAGCUGUCCCUGAUCCAGAACUGCUUUUAUCAAUGGAAGAUCUGCGUGAGAGGCGCCUUACCGAUCCUCGUCUUCCCAGGACUUACAGAAACAAAGUUGCCACAGCAAAGUUUAUUCCUUGGCCUAUUGAGAUAAGAUUUUGUGAGCCUAGCAAUUCAACCAACUACGAUAAACGUCCUGCAAGUUUGAGGUACUGGUUUAGAGCGAAAGGAAAACUCUCAGAUGACGAGGCUUUGCAUAGAUGUGUUGCAGCAUACACUUCAGAUCUCAUAUUUCUAAAUGUCAGUCUGAAUCCUCACCGCAGUAAGGGCUUGAAAACCUCUUCUGUUAGCUUAGAUCACUCGAUGUGGUUUCACCGGCCUUUUAGAGCUGACGAGUGGUUGUUGUUUGUGAUAUUGAGUCCAACUGCAUACAAUGCUCGUGGAUUCGUGAGUGGCCAAAUGUUCAACAGAAAAGGACAGCUUGUUGCAUCUGUAACUCAAGAGGGCUUGAUAAGGAAAGUCCGAAAACCACCUUCCCCUGCUGUUUCCAAGCUGUAAACUUAUACUAUACGUUUCUUUUAUGAAGCAAAAAAAAUCUUAGUAUUUCAAAUCUGUUAUUUAAUACCAAUAGUUAUAUUGAUUUAAUCGAAGAUGAUAUAUUCGAUAUGAGUUCCAAAUUCUUGUUAAAGUGUGUAUUGUUUUUUUUUUGACUCUUGUGUUUU